GAAGUAAACUGUCAUGUUUACCUUUUUGUUGACAAAAUUUCCCAUAUGAUUAUGGUGCAAUUACUCUGAUUAAUUUAUAUUUCCUCGCAGCAUUCAUGAAAGUAUAUAGCUUUACCACCUGCCUUGAUCUCGUUUAAGAGAAAAAUGUCUUCAAGCUCUGUAGAAGACAUUCCGGAGCAGUGUAAGGAUCUUUUUACGCAAGAUGGCGUGUUACUCAAGGCGUGCAUGGGCCGCCCGAUCACAGACCUCAACUCGAUCGGCAUGCUGUGCGUGGUGCUCAAUCCCAACGGCAGCAAGUGCAUCGAGUGGCGGCCGAACGACCUCAUCACCAUCGACUCCGACACGCAGGAUCAGGAGUGGGCCGUGGUCAACACUAUAGGUCGAAGACAACGCACUCUCAGCGGUAACAUCACUUCCGACUACGCAAACGCUCGCUCCCGGAUCAUAAAAAUAGCCCUCGACGACCUGAAAACCUUCAGAGUCACUCGCAAUAACCAACAGAUGCAGUUCUCCACCAAACCAGGCAUUUGGCAGACCACUUUUUACUUCCAACAUGGAAACGCAGAAAUAUUCGUCGCCAAUUUGAAGAACCACAUUAAAACAGCAAAGACAAGACAUGACAGAAACACAUAUGUGGUAAUCGAGCCAAAUGUGGAGACGCAAGUGCUGAAUAAGAGUUUUGCGGAACUAGAUAUCUUCACGGAGAACACUACAGAUGUUGUGUGGAAUCUGGUGUCAAAUUUCAAGCAAAGGCCUUAUGAGACCACUAUGACUGCGUUUUCUAAGCUUACGGAUAUUGGAUCGAAUCCACAACAAGGUUGCUCUACAAUAGACCUCGAGAAAUUAUAUUAUGGCAACGAGGCUAACGGCAAACGCGACGUGUCAGAAGAGGUGGCAGACCUGCUCACAAAGAGCAUGAGUGCGCUGGAAGACGCCACCACAGUCACUAAGUCCGAUGAGUAUGAAGUCAUCAGCGUCAAACCAACGCUGCCGCCGAGACCUAUCAUACCUAGAGGAACUCCACUAUCCACUGAGAAAUGGGAAGGUCUGCAGGACACGGAAGGCAGGGUCACGGAGGUCGACGGAGUCAAACAGCUCAUCUUUAGAGGGGGUGUAGCCCACUCGAUACGUCAGUCGGUCUGGAAAUAUUUACUGGACUACACACCCUGGCACAUGACGCAUACAGAAAUACGAUCCUUACAACGCAAACGCACAGAGGAAUACUUCUCCAUGAAGCUCCAAUGGCGCUCCAUGACCGAAGGCCAAGAGUCCAGGUUCUCGGAGUACAGAGACAGAAAGAGUCUAGUGGAGAAAGAUGUUGCAAGGACAGACAGGACUCAUCCGUUUUUCGCUGGUGACAAUAACCCGAAUCUGGCGGUGCUGCAAGAUAUUCUGAUGACAUAUGUCAUGUACAACUUCGACCUUGGCUACGUGCAAGGCAUGAGCGAUAUUUUAGCACCGUUGCUGCUACUUUUGGGGAAUGAGGUGGACAGCUUUUGGUGUUUCGUUGGCUUCAUGGAAAGAAUUGCGUACAAUUUCGACAUGGACCAAGCAGGCAUGAAGCAGCAGCUCCUGCAGCUGCAGCAGCUGCUGACGUUCUGCAGCCCGGAGCUGGCGCAGCACCUGGCGCAGAAGGACUCCGGCAACAUGUACUUCUGCUUCCGUUGGCUGCUGGUCUGGUUCAAGCGAGAGUUCUCCUUCAGGGACAUUAUGAGGCUAUGGGAAGUCCUGUGGACGGGGUUGCCGUGUGCGAACUUCCAUCUGCUCAUUUGUGUCGCUAUACUCGACGCCGAAAAGGACACGAUAAUCAACAACAACUAUGGUUUCACUGAAAUAUUGAAGCACGUAAACGACCUAUCGAUGUGCCUGGACGUGGACAAAAUAUUAAGCACAGCCGAGGGCAUAUACCACCAAAUAAUAUCAGCGCACCACCUAACAGACCAAAUCAGGAUCAUACUCGGGAUGACUCCUCUGAACGUUUCCGUGUCAACGAAUUCGGACGACGAGCCAACGACGAGCGGAGCUAAUGGUAUGGAGAAAAGUGAAAAUGCCCGGGACCCUCUCUUGGACCCAGGGAUGGAUGAAGUUAUGUAUCAAAUAGGAUUAGACAUGAAUUUUUGAGCACGCGGAACUCGAAUAUAACGGAUUAAAAAUAUCUGUCGUAACCACCAGCGUCUGGGCUUUACUUGCCUAAAACACGAAAUCAUAAAACUACAGAGAGACUGUAAAUUUUUCUAUUUUUAUAAAGUACUCGUGGUACUCCCUAAAAAAAAACAGUUGUCCAUGAUUGUGUCACAGUACCUAGGUCUCCAAUUAUUUCCCGCUAAAAUUAGCUAUACUGCAAAACGUAAUUCAAGACCAAAAAAAGUAAGGCAAUGUUGCCACUGCAAUAAUUUGUUUGCAAAAUUAUAAAUUCCUUUUGAUAAAUAAUCACACUAAGAUAAUUUGUUCAUUAGUAAUUUUACUCCUACUAUUUAAAAAAGUACUUUUAUUUAUUUAUAUGUACAUAAAUACAAGACACGAUAGUAAAAAAGUGGCAACAUUUCUUACUUGUUUUGGUCUUGAAUUACGUUUUGCAGUUUAGUGAGGCUUAAAAGUCAUAUAGGGUUAAAUUAAAGCUUAUAUUAAUGGCGCAACAUCAAGUUUAUAGGCUUUCCUAUUGACACGUUGUAAUACACUAUGAAUUUGAGUUUUGCCUUAUUCGCACGGGUUAUUGGUUUAAAUGGUGCCUUUAAAUAUAAUAGGUGUCUUGUGAAAUUGGUCAAUGAACGACGAAGGAUCGCCUAAAUUAUAGGAUACUGAAUAAUUUGACUGCAAUUUGAUAUACAUAUUUAAACACCAGGUGCUGAUAUUGUGCACUAUAUUCCAGAUUAAAAUUAUUAUUUUUGUGCCAUAGACUACAUAGGUACAUUGACAAUUAAAUUCAGUUGUUUUCCAUAAACACAUUUAGAUUUUUUUUUAAUAACAGUAAAAUUAAAUAACAGUUACCUAUUUAAAAUAACAAUGGUGUUUUUAAGGUAAUAAUAUGUCAAUUCAAUUUAUGCAAAGUAGGUUUCAUACAUUUGUUAUAAACGUAUAUUAUAAUACUUAUUCUUUUUAGUGUUAGCAGUUAAUUUACGUGAUUAAAUUUUAUCUUGCCCUUUUGCAAAAUAAUAAUGUUGGUAUUCAGUGCACUUGGGUGGUUUCCAUGCUUGUAGUGUUCUCUUAUUUUCAACUGACAUUGGCACAGAAAAUACGGGAAUAUUUUCCGAGUACCUACUAUUGUUAUGUACAUAAUAUUUUGGCACAUUCUGUAGAUUGUAACAUUAGAGGUUCUUUCAUUUUUUUAAUCACCAAAAAUUUGAUGUAGAAUUUUGUAUUAACAAUCAAUAGCAUUCAAUUCCUUUUCCUUUGUUUGUAAUUCCCAAGACAUCAGAAAUCAUCAAAAUGCUACCUUUUAAAUUAAAAGUUAUUGUACCUAUGAAAUUUAAUCAUAAAAUAUUUUGAUUUGUGUUACCUAUUCCAAGUAGUCACACGACUAUACAGGGUGUCGCGUUCACUACGGAAACAGGAAAAUUACUGGUUUGGGAGAUAGCUUAACAUUCAACUUCACGCCUAUAAACAGAGGGCCCCAAAAUAUGCCCCGUGUACAUUUAUUCACGCACAUUCUCAAUCGAAUUAUAAGUAAUAUGUGCUGAAUGCUAAGAGAUAAAGUAGUCCCAUGAAUGUCAAUGUCAGUGUCUAACCGUUCUGUGUACCGUCACCUGCAAUAAUAUGAUACUAUUCGAAGGCCGCAAAAAUAUGUGACACGCUUUUAUGGCUCUACAAAUAAGAUCGUGUCAGAUAUUUUUGCGGCCUUCGUUGUGUAACGUAUUAUUGCUGGUGACUGUACUCAUAUCAAAUUUGUUGUUGUAAAAUGUUUUUUAGUUAUUGUAAUUUCAGUACAAAAAGUUUAUUUUAAACAGUAGUAAAUUUUUAAUACAUUCAUUUACAGAUAAAAAAAAAUUCCUUUUUUAAAUGUUAAUUUAUUGGAAAAUAUAAGCUUUGGUACCUUACAAUGUUUUAUUUAUUCUUUGGAGGAGUAUCAGUAGAAAAUGUUAUGUACACAUACAUCACUUAAAACAUUUGUAAAAAAAGGAUUGCUGUCCUCAUAUUAAGGUAGUCAUAUUUGCAACUACCUAUAAUAAUAUUUUGCACCACUUUAUGCAGCUUAUUCUUUUGUCUAUGGUUGUACAACAAAACCCACCUAAAUACUACAUAAAUAAAGGAUUAUAAAUUUAAUAAAGUACCUAUUAAAUCUCUAGAGGAUUGAAUAAAUGAGUGAUCAUCAUUA